GUGUCUGUCAUUGCAGCAUUGCACGUGGGUUGAGCUAAAAAGAAAAGGGGAAAGCCACGUUGACUAGAAGUAAUUGAUGCUUUAUUUUUUCGUAAGUCUUGGGGAACUGUCACGUCUACGACUGUGUGUCUACGCAGGAACUGCAGCUAAAGCUCCGAGAGUCAGAAAGCCACGUCGUCUGGCAGGAUGAGCGUUGGAUUUGUCGGUGCAGGCCAGCUGGCUCACGCGCUGGUGAAAGGUUUCACCGCUGCAGGUGUGAUUGCUGCUCACAGGAUCACAGCUAGCUCCCCGGACACAGACCUGCCCACGGUGAUGGCGCUGAGGAAAAUGGGGGUGAAUUUAACAACCAGCAACAAAGAGACUGUCAGCAAGAGCGAUGUGCUGUUUCUGGCUGUGAAGCCACACAUUAUCCCCUUUGUUCUUGAUGAGAUUGGACCAGACAUCGAAGACCGGCAUCUCAUCGUGUCUUGUGCUGCAGGUGUUACCAUCAGCUCCAUAGAGAAGAAGCUGCUUCAGCACCGUCCAGCUCCUAGAGUCAUGAGGUGUAUGACUAAUACUCCAGUGGUGGUGCGAGAGGGAGCCACGGUGUACGCCACGGGGACGCAUGCAGAGGUGGAAGAUGGUAAGUUACUGGAGCAGCUGAUGGCCAGCGUUGGUUUCUGCACGGAGGUGGAGGAGGACCUGAUUGAUGCUGUCACUGGACUGAGUGGCAGCGGGCCCGCCUACGCGUUCACAGCCCUGGAUGCUCUGGCAGACGGAGGAGUGAAGAUGGGCCUGCCCCGGAGACUCGCUGUCAGACUCGGAGCUCAGGCCCUACUGGGAGCAGCUAAGAUGCUGCUGGACUCAGAGCAGCAUCCGGGUCAGCUGAAGGAUAAUGUGUGCUCACCAGGGGGCGCCACCAUCCACGCGCUGCACUUCCUGGAGAGCGGAGGCUUCCGAAGCCUCCUGAUCAACGCCGUGGAGGCUUCAUGCAUCAGAACCAAGGAGCUGCAGUGUCUGGCAGACCAGGAGCGCAUCUCUCCAGCAGCGAUCAAGAAAACCACGUUGGACAAGGUGCUGCAGCAGCCUGGAGUCACGGUCAGCGGCGUCGGCAACGGCGGCAGCAGGUCGGGACUCAACCUGUUCAACAAUCGCAGUUCUGGGAUCAAAAAGAAGAACUGAGCCCCCCCUCCCACACUCACACACACACACAUACACAGGUGUACCCACCGCAAUAAAACUUAGGACUGCUGUGAAAUCACAAACAGGUGAUUAUUCAUGUAUUCACUCCUGAUGAACAGACCUGUUACACGUGAUCUGCAGAAGCAGCAGAGCUGUUAGACCGUGCAGCAACGGGCCGUCAUGGCGUUCUGGUGCACGCCAUGCAGCAGAAGCCCUGUGGGAUGGCCACCCUCCUCUUGUUACACGUCUGACUUUGUGGGUCUUUCAUGACCGCUGCAGCGUAGCAGGAGCGCGCUCUCUCCUGUAAAGGUGAUUUUUGAGCUUCCCCAUCUUCCGUGUGUCUGAAAACCCAAAGCAGCUGUUAGGUGUUCUGCUCAUCGGUGACUAUGAUGUAAUGUUAGAACUGCUAGAAUAAAGCUUAAGCAUGUUCAUGGUAAA